CCCCGUGGGUGCUUCCUUCCUCGCGUGUAUAAGAAGAGCAGGUCGCACGGUAGAAUUUGUCACCGCCGGUCGUAGAUUAUUGCUUUCGAUUCCGGUGCACACAGAGAGAGAAGCGCGGGUUAUGGCGGAGGAAGAUAAGGCGCCCAGCGACGCAAUGUCGACGGUGGCGGAGGAGGCGCCGGUGACGGCCGAGCGGCCGGUUCGGGCCGACCUGGAGCCGCGCCUUCCCAAGCCAUACUUGGCUCGAGCUCUGGCCGUGCCCGAUGUGUACAAUCCUGAAGGGGCCGUGGAGGGGCACGAGCACGGGCAGAAGAGCGUGCUGCAGCAGCAUGUGGCCUUCUUCGACCUGGACGGCGACGGCAUCGUCUAUCCCUGGGAGACUUACGGAGGAAUGCGGUCACUGGGCUUCAACGUGAUCUUGUGUUUUAUAGCGGCAAUUGCCAUAAAUAUUGGUCUAAGCUUCCCAACUCUACCUAGCUGGAUACCAUCUCCCUUGUUCCCCAUACACAUCAAGAACAUCCACAAGGAUAAGCAUGGCAGCGACUCCUCGACCUACGACACGGAGGGAAGGUUUAUGCCGGUAAAUUUCGGGAGCAUCUUCAGCAAGUACGCCCGCACGGCGCCGGACAAGCUCAGCUUCGGCGACAUCUGGAGGAUGACCGAAGGCAACCGGCUGCAGUAUGACUUCUUUGGAUGGUUGGUGAGCAAGGGAGAGUGGAUACUGCUGUACGUGCUGGCCAAGGACGAGGAGGGCUUCGUCUCCAGAGAAGCUGUUCGCCGCUGCUUCGAUGGUAGCUUGUUCGAGUUCAUCGCCCAGCAAAGGAGGGAAGCCCACGAGAAGCAGCACUAGAGUCACAGGACCGAGUAGAGUGCAACGCUGUCGUCUCGGAGCGUCCUCGAUCGUGAGUGGACCAGAUUGAUUACCUCAUCAUGUAUUCCUAGGAAAUAAGAGACGAACGAAUACCAAGUUCAGAGGGCUGAGAAGUUAUACACUUUUAUAUAAAAAUAAGUUGUACACGUAUCAAUUAUAAACUCGAGGACACAAGUAUUUUGGUGU